AUUUUAUAGCGCACAUCUCACUCACACUACUACUGCGCGCAUACGUGAAGAUCUGUCAAACUUAUUUUUCCUUAUUAUUACCAACUCAAUUUUCGUGAUUUUUUCGGUCAGCUGCGAGGAUAUCUCGCUUCGGUUGAAGCAGUCACUCCGCGGCAUCAUGGUUGUAACGAAAGAUACGUUCCUGCCAACGGAGGAAGAACUUACGGUGCCGGAGAUCAACCUAUCCGGACCAGCACUUCGUGCCGGUGCUUUCCAUAUGGGAAAGUACUGUGAGGCUCAAAAUAAUGAGUUCAUGUUAUGCCGCCAAGAAUUGGACGACCCGAGGGCGUGUGUGAAUGAGGGCAAAGCGGUCACCAACUGUGCGUUCGAGUUCUUCCGAAAGCUAAAGAAGACGUGUGCUCAGGAGUUUACGCAGUACGCCAACUGUCUCGAUAAAAGCAGUGGCGAUUUGAAUUUCAAGCACUGCCGCAAGACGCAGGGCGUUUACGAUAAGUGUGUUCUGGACAAUAUGCAACUGGAGCGUCCCGAUUAUGGAUAUUUCUGCCGCGCUAAGGUUCACGCCACGGAACGUCCUCCACCACCGAAGAAAGAGAAAACGGUAUAUCCGGAUGCGACACCAGGAUUGCCGGAAGAUUAUCCUCGACCUGAUGCCAGAUACGGAUCUCGCUUCCAUUGGCUGAACUAGAGGAGGCUAUGGAAUGGUGGAGGAUGGAUGCAGAUGACGCAUGUUUGAUUUAGCUGAAAUGGUUCUUGGUAAAUUGCAAAACGGUUCAGUGUAGAUAUGCAACGAGAACGAAUAGUCCCACAAACAAUGGUGCGCUAGGACACAGACCAGCAACAUCUGGAUCGUUUCUUUAGCUUCAGUAAAAACAUUUCCUAAACGAAUGAA